UUAUAUCUACAAGAUUAUUUCACAAACUUCUUAAAAGUGGAAAAAUUUACUGAAGUGUUUGUAGCAUCUUCAAUGAACUUUUUGUUCACCAUUGAUGAAAAUAUAACAGCAGUAAUAUUUACUAGGAAUAAACGAAUAAAAACAAAAAGAAAAUCGCCUGUAUAUUGUGGUAAGGAAAAGAAAAAUGAUGGAAAAUGAGUUAAGUGAGAAGAUGGUUACACAUGGAACACCAGCUGAAAAGAUUGUCUUUUCUGAUGAUUUAAAGAAUGUGAAAAGCAAAAAGUCAUAUCAUUGUGAUACCUGUGGUAAAUCAUUCUCUCAGAAUAGCAAACUAACUAAACAUAAAUCUAUUCAUACAGGAGAAAAACCAUAUCAUUGCGAUGUCUGUGAUAAAUCAUUUUCACAAAAAGACUAUUUAACCACUCACCUGCGUAUUCACACAGGUGAGAAGCCGUAUCAGUGUGACAUCUGUGAUAAGUCGUUCUCCCAAAGUGUUCACUUAACUAAACACAAACGCAUUCAUACAGGGGAAAAGCCAUAUUUCUGUGAAGUCUGUUGUAAAUCAUUUGCUGAGAAUGGUACCUUAACCAGACAUAAACGUAUUCACACAGGGGAAAGGCCAUACGAAUGUGAUAUCUGUAAUAAAUCAUUUACUCAAAAGGAUAACCUAACCACUCACCAACGCAUUCAUACAGGUGAAAAACCGUAUUGUUGUGAUGUCUGCGGUGAAUCAUUCUCACAAAACGUACACUUAACUAAACACAAAACCAUUCAUACAGGAGGGAAACUUUAUUUCUGUGAUAUUUGUGAUAAAUCGUUCACUGAAAAAAGUUCCUUAAAACGACACAUCCGCAUUCAUACAGGUGAUAAACCAUAUCAUUGUGAUAUCUGUUUUAGAUCGUUCUCCGAGAAUCAUACCUUGACUAUUCACAAACGCAGCCAUACAGGAGAAAAGCCAUAUCAUUGUGACAGUUGUGGUAAAUCGUUCUCGGACACUGGUCAUUUAGCUCGGCAUGUACGGAUUCAUACCGGGGACAAACCGCAUCACUGCGAUAUCUGUGGAAAAUCAUUCUCGGAAAAUGGAGAUUUAACGAGACACAUCCGGAUUCAUACAGGUGAGAAACCGUAUCAGUGUGACGUUUGUAGUAAAUCAUUCUCUCAUGGACAUGCCUUGACCACUCACAAACGCACUCAUACAGGAGAGAAACCAUAUCACUGCGAUGUCUGCGGUAAAUCCUUCUCUGAAACUGGUCACUUGAGUAGACACAAACGCAUUCAUUCAGGACUGAAACUACAUCACUGUGAUAUCUGUGGUAAAUCUUUCUCCGAAAUAAGUCAUUUAACUGAACAUAUUGCUAUUCAUACAGGACAGUAACAAUAUCGAAAUAUGGGGUCAAAAUACAUGGGCUUCUUUCAGUUUCCGUCUACCAAAUCCACUCACAAGGCUUUGGUCAGCUCGAGGCUAUAGUAGA